AUGGAAGAGGCCAGGCUCAGAGAUCCCGCAGGAGUUGGGAAUAGUUUGUGUGGUCAGUGCUCCCCACACCCACCCAUGCCUUACGUGGACCGACAGAACCGCAUCUGUGGUUUCCUGGACAUCGAGGAAAAUGAGAACAGUGGCAAGUUCCUGCGUCGUUACUUCAUACUGGACACGCAACAGGGGAGCCUGGUCUGGUUCAUGGACAACCCACAGAACUUGCCCGUGGGAGCGGCCUGUGUGGGCUCCCUCAAACUCACCUACAUCUCCAAGGUCAGCGAUGCCACAAAGCUGAGGCCCAAGGCAGAAUUCUGCUUUGUGAUAAAUGCUGGAAUGAGAAAGUUUUUUCUUCAAGCCAAUGACCAGCAAGACCUUGUGGACUGGGUCAACGCUCUGAACAAAGCUACAAAGAUCACUGUGCCAAAAUUGUCCGAUGCCCAGCCCAACUCCGAAAUUCAGAGAAGUUUGCCAGAUGUCGUUGGAACCAAGAAACAAGUUUCCUAUAGGACAGAGAUUAUUGGAGGAGUUCCCAUUGUUACCCAGACACAACAGGAAGGGGCUGAUGGCCCAGAGAAAGGCGAUCGUGAGGCCAUGCACCGCUCCCACGGUCAGCUGCCGUACUUCCUGGGAAGGCCUUCACAGGAACAGGCAGUCAUCAAAUCUGGAUACUGUGUCAAGCAAGGAGCUGUGAUGAGGAACUGGAAAAGACGCUACUUCCUGCUGGAGGAAAACUCUAUGAGCUAUUUCAAAUCUGAUUUGGAAAAGGAGCCCCUCCGGAUGAUUCCACUAAAAGAAGUUCAUAAAGUCCAAGAGUGUAAACAGAGUGAUAUCAUGAUGCGAGAUAAUCUGUUCGAAGUGGUCACCACAUCUAGAACCUUUUACAUACAGGCUGACAGUCCAGAGGAGAUGCACAGUUGGAUCAAGGCUGUGUCUGGGGCUAUAGUGGCCCAACGAGGACCAGGGCGGUCUGCUGCUACAGAAAACAGCGGCCGCACCACUGCAUUCUACCGUACACCCGCGGGCCCCCCCCUCCCUCGCUCGCCCAUAUCUGCCGUGCCACCAUGUUUCCCAGACUGGGGGACACGCCCACAGCCUGGCCUGGGACAGCGAGCACUUCAUGAGCCUGCUGCCCCGGCCCAGCCAUGUGCCCGCGCGCCUGUCCCUGCAGGAGACCCGGCUGGCAAAGUGACCGCCGCCCCAGCCCCGGAGUGCGAGGAGUCCCCAUGGCGACGGAGGAGCAGCUUUGAUCCCAUAAAGCCAGAACUGCCCCUAGACCUGGAGGACGCUGACCUACCCGUGAGUCUGGUCUGA